UCUAAAAUCCAAAAUUCACAGUGAUUUGGUUCUUUUUCUUGCCUACACUCCCUUCUUCAGCAGAUCUUCCGGAGAAACCCUAGCUUUCUCAGCCACUAUGAACUGCUCCAUGUCCGGCGAGGUGCCGGAAGAGCCGGUUGUUUCCAAGAAAUCUGGGCUUCUCUUCGAGAAGCGUUUGAUCGAGAGACACGUAUCGGAUUAUGGAAAAUGUCCAAUUACAGGGGAGCCACUAACUAUGGAUGAUAUUGUUCCAAUACAAACAGGAAAGAUAGUGAAGCCCAGACCUGUACAGGCUGCUAGCAUACCUGGGAUGCUUGGAAUGUUCCAGAUUGAAUGGGAUGGCUUGAUGCUAUCCAAUUUUGCGUUGGAGCAACAACUACAUACUGCUAGGCAGGAGCUAAGUCAUGCUUUGUACCAGCAUGAUGCUGCUUGUCGUGUAAUUGCAAGACUAAAAAAAGAAAGGGAUGAAGCAAGGUCUCUACUUGCUCAAUCAGAAAGACAGAUACCCAUGUCAAUGUCAACAGCAACUGCAGUAAAUGCUUCUGCUCUUAGCAACGGGAAAAGAGCUGCGGAGGAUGAGGAGUUGGGUCCUAAUGGCAAGAAACUCCGUCCUGGAAUUUCUGCUAGUAUCAUUACGGAACUUACAGACUGUAAUGCGGCACUUUCACAGCAGCGGAAGAAGCGGCAGAUACCUACAUCAUUGGCUCCUAUUGAUGCUGUGGAGAGGUAUACUCAGCUCUCUAGCUAUCCUCUCCACAAAACUAACAAACCAGGCAUUUUAUCUGCUGAUAUCUACUACUCCAAGGAUAUCAUUGCAACUGGGGGGGUUGAUGCAAAUGCUGUACUGUUUGACCGACAAUCAGGACAAAUCUUAUCCACGCUUAGUGGCCACUCGAAGAAGGUUACCAGUGUGAAAUUUGUUACUCAGGAUGACCUAUUUUUAACUGCCUCAGCGGAUAAGACUGUUCGUGUGUGGCAAGGGUCUGAUAAUGAGAACUAUAAUUGCCGGCACAUCUUGAAGGAUCAUACUGCAGAGGUGCAAGCUGUCACGGUCCAUGCCACAAAUAACUACUUUGUGACUGCUUCUCUGGAUAAUACAUGGUGCUUUUAUGAUCUUUCAUCUGGUUUAUGUCUGACACAGGUGGCAGAUGCUUCAGGAUCUGAGGGUUAUACAUCUGCAGCCUUUCAUCCUGAUGGUCUAAUCCUUGGAACGGGUACCUCUGAGGCUCUUGUUAAAAUUUGGGAUGUAAAAAGUCAGGCAAACGUGGCAAGAUUUGACGGGCACGUUGGGGCUGUAACUGCUAUAUCUUUCUCAGAAAAUGGUUACUUCCUUGCGACUGCAGCUCAUGAUGGUGUUAAGCUGUGGGAUCUACGAAAAUUGAGGAAUUUCCGGACCUUUACACCAUAUGAUUCAAAUACAGCAACAAACUCUGUUGAAUUUGACCAUAGCGGAAAUUAUCUUGCAAUUGCAGGCUCAGACAUAAGAGUUUACCAAGUUGCCAAUGUAAAAUCGGAGUGGAACUGUAUCAAAACAUUCCCUGAUUUGUCUGGCACAGGCAAAGCAACUUGUGUAAAAUUUGGUCCAGAUGCAAAAUACUUGGCAGUAGGAUCAAUGGAUCGGAACCUCCGCAUAUUUGGCCUCCCAGGGGAUGAUGGUCCGAUAGAGUCAUAAAACACCUUCAGAUCAACCUUAUUCUGAAAACAACCCUCUCAGUAUUCCCUGCAGUCGCUGGGUCAGUGUAUUUUACAGGCUUUAAGUAAUGGUGGAAUUUUGAGCUUUAUCAUAUUUAAUCAUUUGGUGUUUGACUGGAUGCUCUAAUUCCAAAAUGAUAAAAGAGAGUUUUAACGAGAGACUAGAGCCGGUGUAUCCUAAGAAUUCUGCAGCAAACAUCCCUGGGCCCAGCGAGCUAUGGCGCCUGAACUAUCAAUUACCUGUUUCUAUUACCUUGUCAUUGAAAAAUUAGAAUGAAGAGAAUCGUUUUUUUUUCUCUUUUUUUUUUUUUUUUUUUGAAUGCGUUAGUAUUUACAAUUGAGAUAUUUUAUGGUUGUGGUAAACCAUAACCACUGAGCCCAAUAUGAAUAUUCAGAUUGUGAGAUAUAGUGUUGUAGGACCUAAUUUGGACUAAUUGAAUUCUUGCUUUGAUCU